ACGUCGACAUUUCCGGUCCACAUGUAAACGCGUUGUUUUCAGUUUGCACGGUAGAGAAUCAUAGUUAUUGUAGCUAUAUACAGUAUAUAUUGACAAAGUUACUGGCUCUCUCACUUUCUUUGAUUAAGCGAUAAGCGACAUUCAUAGACUGUAAAGAUGAAACUACUGACGCACAACAUGUUGACAUCUCACGUGAAAGGGGUAACCAAAGGAUACCCUCUCCUCAUCAAGGUAAGGAAGUCUGCUCAAAACUAGCUUGCAGAGUUGCGGCAGCUGGCAAUGUGUUAUAUGCGUAACGUAUUUAGCUAGCUAAUAUGUGCUUUUUUUUCAUCCCGUUUGUGUGAAUCCCAGGCUACGGAGGUGAGAGUGAGUGAGGUGGAGUUUAAUCCCAAUUUCGUGAGUCGAAUGAUCCCCAAAUUGGAGUGGAGCGCACUGGUUCAGGCGGCUGAUGGGGUGAGCCUGUCUGUCUAACACACCUGUACAAAGUCAUUUCAAGCUACUGUAUCCAACAGAGGUAGAAUAGUUAGCUAGGCCUACAGCGUAGAUGACAUGUACACUAACUAUACUUGGGUCUGAGACAGAUAGGCUUUACCUAAAUAAUUGUUUUAGUGAUUGUGGUUGUAUGGCAAUAUCAAUGUCUUCCUGUAUAUCCUAAUUACUAACUGUGGUCUUUUCUCCAGCUGGGUCAUCUCCAGGACUUACCUGCAGAACUGGUCACGGACUAUGAGAAGAAUGAAGACUUCCUGCGUAAAGUACACAGGGUUCUGCUGGAGGUGAGGUUCACCAUAAAUAACCUGAUAUUGUUGUUGUUCAUUACUUAGUUCUAUCGACUACUAUUUUGGUGAAUAGAAGGACGCAUAAUGCAUUUAUUAUUAUGGGAAUAUGAGGACAUCUAGUGGUUAGGUAGAGUCCCAGUCAUGUUCCCUCUUGGCACUUUCAUUCUUCUUGAUAAAAUGUUAUUGUAGGUUUAACCCUAUUACCCUCUUGGCACUUUCAUUCUGCUUGAUAAAAUGUUAUUGUAGGUUUAACCCUAUUACCCUCUUGGCACUUUCAUUCUGCUUGAUAAAAUGUUAUUGUAGGUUUAACCCUAUUGUCACACACACACGCAGAGGAACUACAGGUGAUGUGACGUUUAUCUGUCUCUCCUCUAUCCAGGUGGAGGUGCUGGAGGGGUGUCUGCAGUGCCCCGAGUCUGGCCGUGAGUUCCCCAUCUCCCGGGGGGUCCCCAACAUGCUGCUGAACGAGGACGAGGCAUAGAGGAGGGGGGUUGGUUACCCCUGACAUCCAUGGGCUCAUAGAUAUGAAUCAUACCCCACCUGGUUAUACGCUAAACCCCACCAUCCAACACCCUCCACCCUCUCACCCCAACCGUUCAUUGUAUGGGACUGCUGCCAUUAGAAGUGAGGGAAAACUGGACUGUUGUUUGAGACUGUAUAGGAAGAAAUACCACACUGUUGAAUUGGUUAUAUAGUACAGUACCUAGGGCAAUGAAAUGUGAACGCACUGCUGCCCCAAGAAAACCACAGAACGGAUCUGAAUGCUUCUACAUUGUCCAAUAUCUGUGAGCUGAUUUUGUUUUAUUUAUUUUUGUAAAAAUGUUUGGGUGCAUUUUUUGCAAUAAAAUUCCUUGUUUUCCUUGGUACCCUAAAAUGCUUUCCCUUGUAAUUAGGUUACACAGAGGAAUACAUACUGGUACUAUAUAUAGUCAGUGAAAUAUUGGUCGCGUACAUGGUUUAGCAGGUGUUAUAGUGGUGCAGCGAAAUGCUUAUGUUAC